GGCUCCUAGUUUGGUUGAAGAAGGAAACUAAACAAACAAUGGAAGGCAUUAACAACGUCACUAAGGGAAGCUCCAUAGGAACCCAUGGUGUUGUUCCCGACAAGUUCAGAGCUAACUUGCAUUUGGAGGCUCCCACUGUUGAAUGGAGGUAUGGGAAGCCUCCCACUUAUGAGUCUGCCAACCAGCUCUUUGAAGAGGGCCGAUCCAAGGUGUGGCCAAAAGGAUCUCUGGAAGAAACAGUGCAAAAUGCUGUGAAAUCAUGGCAAGUGGAGAUCAACAACAAGACUAGAUUACAAGAUUUCAACACCAUAAACCCUGAAAAAUUCAAGUUUUUUGUCAAUGGAAGAGAGGGGCUGACAGGAGAAGAAGUGGUGAGGAUUGGAAGCUUCAAUGCAUUGCUGAAGAGUGCUCUACCAGAGGAGCUCCAUCACUUCAAAGCACACCAAGAGACAUUUGAAUCAGCUCAUAAUGACUUCAAGACAUGUUUUCCAAGAGGGUUUGCAUGGGAAGUCAUAGAGGUUUAUUCACCUCCUCCAUCGAUUGCCUACAAAUUUAGGCAUUGGGGUUUCUUUGAAGGUCCUUACAAAGCCCAUUCCCCAACCGGCGAAAUGGUCGAAUUCUUCGGCAUGGGAAUUCUCAAGGUGGAUUCAUCAAUGAAGGCUGAAGAAGUUCAUAUUUACUUUGAUCCAACAGAGCUAUUUGGAGGCCUUUUAAAGGGCAAAAACACUGAUGGUUCAUUUGUUUCUGGCUGCCCAUUCUCUGAUGCCCAGAAGUAGUUCAAAGAACACAA